GGAGGAAGGGAAGGGAAGGGAAGGCAGGAAGAAACGAAAGAAGAAAAAACUUGCCAACAACGACUCCAAGGGAGGCUGCGUCGGACGGGGCGAAGACGGCAGGAGAAAGAGGUUCCGUCCUCCGUUGGGUUUAAAGCCCCAACUGGACCAGCACUUAGCAAGUGGUCUCCGUCCUGCCAGAACUCAGUUCUGAGUGCGAAAGCCGGGACUCUGGAAUGCACCGUAAAGGGUGAAAAAAAACCCAAAUCAGACAAAAACGAGGUAGGAGUGGGUUCUGUGCUGUCUGCAUGACCCUCAAGUACAAGAAGAAUCAGGUGGACGGUCGACUGGGCAGAUUCAAACCAACGGAUUGGAACAGAUUUACUCCGAACAACCUUUGCCGUUUUUCUUUAUUUUGCUCCGAGCUUUCUUUUUUUUUAAACAACCUCUGCACGGCAAAUUCUUUGCGUUUUUAAUCUUUUUAAAUCAUUUUAUGAAAAUAAUCUUUUGUCCCCUUUUAUUUCAAAUGUAGGGGUUGUUUUUUUUAAAAAAAAAUCUUUUCUAUUACUUUUUCUACAAAAAGGAAACAUUUCUUUUUUGCGUUUGAGAAAAUAAGAGGUGAUCUUGAGCUAUAAUUAUCCAACACAUACACACACACAAGGAGACAAGAAGAGAUUGUAUUUCCUGGUUGUUAAAUAAUUGAAUUUGAAGUAAAAAAAGAAGAGGAGACAGCAGAAUUGAUUGGUACGUGAGACGCACGAGAGCCGGCGAGUGGAAAGAAAGGGACAUUUUACAAUAAUAAACUUUUUAAACGUAAUAACGUCAGCAGUGCCUAACCAAAAAAACAACAACACACACAUGCAACAACCACAACCAGUGAACCGAGUUUUAAUAAAGUCUCAUAUUAUGUACUUAUUAUAAGUAUUAAGAUAGGAAGAGGACAUCCGGAAAACUGCAGCUAAAUUAAUAGGAAUCUAAUUUGGUUUAAUACAUUCUGUAGAACAAUCAUUGUUUAUAACCUAAGUGACUGGAGGCCUUUGUUUGCAGCCGACGUUGUCCUUUAUCGACCCCGGGGACGGUUGUUUGUUGGACAGGAACGCCGGAGUCCAUUUUCCUCCAAGUGGCAGAAUCGGAAGCGAGAUCGAAAUUCCAGCUACAGUAACAACAACUACCACCACCCUUAAAAAAGCAUAAGGUUUUUGCCGGUUCUUCUUGCCAGUUAAGAGAGUCGGCCCCAGAGAAUCUCGUGGUGAAUGACUGGGGGACUGUAAAGGACACUGUAGAACGGGGAGUCCCAAAUGGAACCCGUAAAGUCAGCAGAGGCCAAAGGGGAAGGAGAGAAUGAAAGCACCGCACCUGAAACCAAGGCCCCCCAAGUGCAAGAAAAAGAGGACACUGGUUUCGGGCAAGAGGAGGAGGUGACCGUGAGAGAGGUCCCUGCAUUGAACGGGCAGGAGCAAGAGGCAGACGUAGGCCUGACCUGUGCGGUGCCCCCCACUCCCGAUGUCAAAGAGGGGGCAGAUGAGGGCGAGGCCCCGCACCCAGUGUCCACAAAGCUGGAGGAGGCAAGCCCCCCCAAAGAAGAAGUGGCAAACCCCCCAAGUGAGGAAGAGAUACUGAGAGAGGAUAUCCCGUCAGAGAGUGUUACCACUCUGCCGGGAACCGCCGUUCCCAGCCCAGAGGUCGCCGGCCCUAGCUGCAGCACUGCCACCCCCGAGCCGGCCACGGAGGCCCCCAGAUCACGGCCUUCCCCGAGCAAUCAACCCGAGCCCCCCGACUUCUACUGCGUGAAGUGGAUCAACUGGAAAGGGGAGCGGACGCCCAUCAUCACCCAGAGCGAGAACGGGCCGUGCCCACUCCUGGCGAUCAUGAAUAUCCUUUUUUUGCAGUGGAAGGUCAAGCUGACCCCCCAGAAAGAAGUGAUCACGUCCGACGAACUGAUGGCCCACCUCGGGGACUGCGUCUUAUCCAUCAAGCCCCAAAAGGAGUCGGAAGUUCUCCAGCUCAAUUUUCAACAGAAUGUCAACGACGCCAUGACGGUCCUCCCCAAACUCUCCACAGGGCUGGAUGUGAACGUGAGGUUUACGGGAGUCUCCGAUUUCGAGUACACCCCCGAGUGCAUCGUCUUUGACCUCCUCAACGUGCCCCUUUAUCACGGCUGGCUGGUGGACCCGCAAUUGGCAGACGUGGCCGAGGCCAUCGGCAAGCUCAGCUACAACCAGCUGGUGGAGAAGAUCAUCACCUGCAAGCACUCCAGGGACCCCAACGUGGUGACGGAAGGGCUGAUAGCAGAGCAGUUCCUGGAGUCCACAGCCUCUCAGCUGACCUACCACGGCUUAUGUGAGCUGACCUCCACGGUGAAAGAGGGGGAGCUGAGCGUCUUCUUCAGGAACAACCACUUCAGUACCAUGAUAAAGCACAAGAGCCACUUAUACCUCCUGGUCACCGACCAAGGCUUCUUGCACGAGGAGCAGGUGGUGUGGGAGAGCCUCCACAACGUGGACGGGGACAGCUGCUUCUGCGACGCCGAGUUCCACCUCAGCCAGGCCCUGGGGAAGGAGGCCGCCGGUGGUUCCCCGCAGGAGCAGCACUCGAACCAGCGGCAGGUGGACCAGGACUACAUGAUUGCCUUGUCUCUGCAGCAGCAGCAAGGGGGGGCCGUGCUGAGCGACCUCGAGCUGGCCCAGCAGCUGCAGCAGGAGGAGUACCAACAGUCCGCGCCGACCACCCCCCCAGCACAGGGGAGAGGACCGCCCCCUGCCCGCCCCGCCGGGGAGCGCAGGCAGCGGCAGAAGCAGGAUUCGGACUGCGUCGUCCUGUAACGCCGACGAUGCCCGGUCACCCAGAGCUACCCCCUUCCUUUUACAAACUGCCAGAACCUGCCAUGGAGGAAAAGUCUCCCUUCCGUGCACACUCAAAGACUUCUAUUUAAAGUCUCCCCCUCCCAGGGGCCAAGAAAACCAAAAUUUUAAAAUGCGAAA